UCACGUUCUGGUUACAGCGCCGUCUCUGGGUAUCGCGAACCCCGCAACAGCUAGCCAGCGCGAAUUUUGCGAAGUCCUCGUGUGUACAGUACACGUGUCUGUUCGAUACGCGUUAGUAAGUCACACAAAAUUUCGCAUUCUGAUGAUACAGAAAAGUGAAUACGCGAGCCGGUAUCGAAAAUUGUGUAAAGUGUAUAUCGUUGCACUGCAUAUAUCGUCGUGUCUUUUCUUCCGCAAAGGUUAUCGAUCAGCAGUGCUGCUGCGAAAGUGACCAGCCAGCCGGCAUGGUGCAUGGUAUAGCCGCUGGGUCACGUGUACAAUAUGGAAAGCAACUAGCGUUCGGCGCUGCCGAUAAAAUCACGCCGCUAACAGAUUCACGCAAUCGAUCGUGGGAACGUGCAUUCGAGCGGUUGUCAAUCACUGUUCCGCCAAUGAAAAGUCAAUGAAAAGGGAUCCCGAGAGCGCUUAAAAACCUAACAAGAGGCUUUCGACACCGUAUCAUCACUCGGAACUCGGAAUCGUACAGCUAGAAAUAUAGGUCAAGAAGUGCGCGUCGUCGUAAAACCAUGUGUACCGUGAACAGUGAAUCGUGGAGCAAAAACCGUGCUCGCUCUCCGAAAUAAACAAAUUUUUGUGCUAACCAAUUUGACGAGUCGACAAUGUCGGAAUCUAUCUAUACAAUAUCUUGAAGCGAUCGUCCACUAUAAGCAGUGUUUGAACGCGCGCCAUUUAAAAUCCAGAAGAAACUUGUUCGUUUACGAAGUUGUUAAUAAGUGUUGUAAAAAAAUACACAACGCGGACACAUAGAAUAUUCCGCUUAGAGAAAAAUGGCAUACGACGAUGUUAUUCUUCGAAUGGGCGAGUUUGGUCGUUAUCAACGCAGAGUCUACCUUUUGCUCUGUCUUCCGGCGAUAUCGUGCGCUUUUCACAAACUGGCUGGAGUAUUUCUUGGAGCCAAGAUGGAUUCCAGGUGUUUACUUUUGCACGAGCACGCGGCGAAUGCCACAUUCUUCCUGAGUCAAGAUGUAUUGAAUGCGAGUUACCCAUGGGACUAUGAACUCCAAGGGUGGUCUCAAUGUCUGAGCCGUGAUGUUAUAGGCGCCCCACGGCCGAACGAUACAAUUGUUGACGAAGCAAUUGGCGCCGAAGAGGAAGGAAUUAGCCGUUGCAAGCAAUACGUAUAUGACCGGAGUAUAUACAAAAGUACAACCACUUCCGAGUGGGACUUGGUCUGUGACAAGGCGUGGCUGAGAGCGACGGGGGACUCGUUGUUCAUGGUAGGAGUCAUGCUUGGCUCGAUGAUAUUCGGCGGUUUGUCCGAUAAAUAUGGUCGUAGACCAAUUUUCUUCCUGUCUUUAGUCAUACAACUGGUAGGCGGUAUACUAGUCGCUGUCGCUCCCGAGUUUAUUUCCUACGUAAUCUUCAGACUGAUUGUCGGCUCAACCACCAGUGGGGUGUUCUUGGUAGCUUACGUCAUAGCUUUGGAAAUGGUUGGGCCGAGAAAGCGGUUACUAGCCGGAGUUGGCUGCCAGUUGUUUUUCACUACCGGAUACAUACUUACUGCUGGUUUUGCAUAUUUUAUUACUGACUGGAGAAUGCUGCAAGUAGCCAUUACGGUACCAAGCAUCGCAUUUCUACUUUAUUGGUGGUUUAUUCCCGAAUCCGCGCGAUGGCUUUUAACGAAGGGUCGUCUGCAGGAAGCGAAGGAUUUGUUGCAACGCGCUUCGUUGGAAAACGGCGUGGAGAUGCCUGACGACGCUUUGGAUACGCUUCUCGAUAAUAACAGCGAGGGCAGUACGCCCGAUUCGAGAAAGCCUUCGCUUUUCGACUUGUUCCGUUAUCCAAACUUGAGGCGGAAGAGUAUUCUCUUGUUUUUCAACUGGCUCGUCAAUAGUGGCACGUACUACGGACUGUCUUGGCACGCGUCCAAUCUCGGCGGCAACGACUAUGUUAAUUUUGUAAUAUCCGGGGUAGUGGAGGUACCGGCGUAUACAUUUCUAAUCUUUACUCUGAAUCGAUGGGGCAGAAAGAUCAUUCUUUGCGGCUGUAUGCUGUUGUCUGGAUUAGCGUUACUCGCUACACUAUUCGUUCCCGCCAAUAUGCCAUGGUUAAUCGUGUGCUUGGCGAUGAUAGGGAAACUCGCCAUCACGUCAUCCUACGGUGCAAUUUACGUAUUCACUGCUGAACAGUUUCCGACUGUUAUCCGAAAUGUCGGACUGGGCGCGAGCUCCACUUUCGCUCGAAUUGGUGGUGUUAUCGCACCGUACGUCAAUCAUCUGUCGGAAAUAUGGACGCCAUUGCCGCUCGUUAUUUUCGGAUCCUGCGCCUUAUUCGGCGGACUGAUGUCUCUUCUUCUCCCGGAGACACUGAACAAAAAGCUUCCCGAGUCGAUUCAGGAUGGCGAGCUGUUUGGAAAAAAGCCAUCCAAGAGGAAGAAGAAGAAACAACAACUGGAUAUCGAUCAAAUGAACGAAAUAGAAAUAGUGAAGCCGUUAAAAGCGCAGGAGAAGCAAAACGGCGUGUACGAGAAACAGAACGGAUGACACUAAUUUUUCCAGAGCAAUGUCGGUAUCACACUCAAAAUAUGCAUUUGAUUCUCGAGUUUGAACGUAUUUUAGAUGCCUGCUGUGCGUGUGCGACGCGCACGCCCGCAAGAAACUAAACGUAACGUGAUACGUGCAUCGGUUCGAACUUUCAUUAUCGAAGGAACGUAAAAGGAUCGGAUUAGAUGGGCAAAAAUAUGUCGAUAGCACGCGAAAAAAUAUACAUUUCACUUGUACACGUCUUAAAUAUCUCGGAAAGAAGUAGGUGUACACGACGACGGCAUUAUUGCGAAUACCGCGCAUUACGAUAAUUGAUAGAAUAUAAGGAUUCUGCCGACAAACAUAUCAUUACUCCAACAUUCGAACGUUCUAUAUGUAAGGAAUGCGGUUACAAAUUAUGAACGAAAUAUUGUGACUUAUCGGUACAAAAAUAAUAUGACGUUUCACAAUA